AUGGGUCCUUUGAAUUCUUUUAAGAUAUUAUAUGCAAGAGCUUUGAGAUUAGAAAUAGCCAUAAUAUUGAUUUGUUAUGAACUUUUAAAUAAAACCAAUGCUGUGCUGUAUGCUCGUGGAAUAGGAAAUUUUCCAUAUAAAACUGGAAGUUGCGAAAGUCAUGAAGUUAUAGCAGUUGGUAGAAGUCGUGAUAAAAGUCAUGAAAAUAAUGAAGAUACCAAUCCUAUUCAAGAUACUGCUUUACAUGAAGUAAAUGAUAAUUCAAAUAAAUUUUCAG